AUGCGAGAUAUGAGCCAUCACGUCGUACCUUCCCCGAAGUGGAUGUAUGACGACUAUUCGGCCGUUUGCGAGGAUCAUGAUCGCGGCCACGAGCCUUACAAAAAGGAUUUCCAGCCCUCGUGUCCAAGUACGGCUGCGGGACAUAGGCUCUGUUCCGUGUCCGAGACCAGCAUCUCUUUUUCUAAGAAAUCUUACGCUCGAAUAUCGGUGCAAAACCUAAGCGGCUUGGAGGUAAACUAUGCGUUCAAACCACCUAAAUACUGGCCAUAUUACAUUUCUGCCAGCAAAGGAAGCAUUCCGGCGUUCGGGAAAAUCGAGUUGGCCGUCUGGCCACAUCGUGAAUUCAAAAUUCCUCAGGAUGUGGAAUUUAUUCUGCUUUUUAAAGAUACGCGAGGCCAGGAACAAUCUGUCCUAAUGCAUCUCCAUCUCUCGCCGGGGGACAUUCAUCGGUUUGCUUCACACAAGAUGCUGAACGUGUUGCGCACUCAUUUCAACGAAGAGGAGACGGCUCAAGUGCCCUGCGAUGCUCAAAAAAGACAUGCCGUCGAGCAAUCCGUGGAUUUGGAGAGAGAGCGAAGCUUGAACGUGAUUGAGUUCUAUCCAGUUGUCGUUUUUUGCAUUGGAUUGUACAUGCUCAACGUCUCGAUUCGCAUUCCCUAUGUUUCCAUCUACGUGCGAAAGCCUAGUUUGAUUUACUUUUUUGGAUUUGUUUUUGGGUUCCUCGCAAUCAAGUACAUCCGGUCCACCAUGAAGAGACUGGUCAACUCUAGAGAAGCGGGUCUAGACUAA